GCUGCGUGAGUGUGUUCCUGCCUGCAGCUACUUCUUUCUGUUUGCCAAUCCCAGCACGGGAGGGAGGAGGGGUUACUUCACUCCGACGUGAAUGAACUGGAGAGAAGUCUUUUCUUCAUGAAGGACGUAACAUAGCUGCAGAGAUGGCUGGAGGACGUUUCGUUCUACUGUUGGUGAUCAUGAACGUGCCCUGGUCCUUCCAGACUUCUGAUACAGUGAACCCAUGCUGCUACUUCCCAUGCCAGCACAAAGGUGUGUGCGUGAGAUUCGACCUGGACAAAUACGAAUGUGACUGCACUCGCACCGGGUACUACGGGAGAAACUGCACCAUCCCUGAAUUAUGGUCAAGGAUUCGUGAAUUCAUCCGCCCAAGCCCUGCGUUUUCUCACUACAUCUUGACCCGCUUCAAGUGGUUUUGGGAUAUCAUAAAUGCUACUUUUAUCCGCGAUACAAUCGUAAGGCUCGUUUUGACAGUGCGAUCCAAUCUGAUACCCAGCCCCCCAACCUAUAACUCGGCAUAUGGUUACAUUAGCUGGGAAGCAUAUGCUAAUGUAAGCUACUUCACAAGAGUUCUACCCCCUGUGCCCGAUGAUUGUCCUACGCCAAUGGGAACCAAAGGAAAGGUACAGCUGCCCAACUCCACGUUACUGGUGGAGACCUUCUUAAAGAGGAAGCGCUUCAUCCCGGACCCUCAGAGAACCAACCUCAUGUUUGCCUUCUUCGCCCAGCAUUUCACCCAUCAGUUUUUCAAGACCUUCGGAAGGAUGGGGCGAGGGUUCAUCAAAGGAUUUGGUCACGGGGUGGACCUCAGUCACGUGUACGGGGACACGCUGGAACGUCAGCACACGCUUCGGCUAUUUAAAGACGGAAAGCUGAAACAUCAGAUAAUAAAUGGAGAUAUGUAUCCACCAACAGUGAUCGACGCUCCCGUCCACAUGAUCUACCCGGAGAGCAUCCCCAAGGAGAAGCAGCUCGCCAUGGGGCAGGAGGUGUUUGGGCUCCUCCCCGGACUGAUGAUGUACGCCACGCUUUGGCUCCGCGAGCACAACCGGGUCUGCGACGUCCUGAAGGAGGAACACCCCACGUGGGGGGACGAGCAGCUCUUCCAAACCACCAGGCUGAUUCUCAUCGGAGAGACCAUAAAAAUUGUCAUUGAGGACUACGUCCAGCACCUCAGCGGGUACUUCCUGAAACUGAAGUUCGAUCCGGAAUUGCUAUUCGGGGUCCAGUUCCAGUACCGGAACCGGAUCGCCGUGGAGUUCAACCAUUUGUAUCACUGGCACCCCCUAAUGCCGGACAGCUUCUCCAUCAUGGGACAAGACUACAACUACAGUCACUUCAUCUACAACUACUCCAUGCUGACGGACUACGGCGUGGAAGCUCUGGUGGAGUCCUUCACCAAGCAAAUUGCCGGAAAGAUUGGAGGCGGGAACAAUCUUCACCCACAUCUGCUAUAUAUAGCUGCCGGGGUCAUCGAAGAGUCCCGCAAGCUGAGGCUGCAAUCUUUCAACGAAUACCGGAAGAGGUUCGGGCUGAAGGCGUACAAGACGUUCCGGGAUUUCACAGGGGAAGACGAGGUCUCGGCCCGGCUGGAGGAGCUGUACGGCGACAUCGACGCCCUGGAGUUCUACCCGGGCCUCCUGCUGGAGAAAACCCACCCCAACUCCAUCUUCGGGGAGAGCAUGAUCGAGAUGGGAGCCCCCUUCUCCCUCAAAGGACUCAUGGGGAACCCCAUCUGCUCCCCGGAGUACUGGAAGCCGAGCACCUUCGGGGGGGAGACGGGCUUCAACAUGGUAAAGACCGCCUCCAUAGAGAAGCUGGUGUGCCGGAACGUCAAGAGGUGCCCGGAGGUCGCCUUCCACGUGCUGGACCCGGAGCCGGGAGGCCGCCACCCUUCCCGGGAAAAGAAGAGCGGCGACGAGCUUUAG